CUUUCAAAGCCCAAUUGUUACAAAAAUCCAGCCCGCAAAGCAAAAUUACUAUUUGCUGACUCUUGUUUAUCUUCUGAUCUUCAACCUCUAGUCUAAACCUCACUACUGAAACUCAAGUAGAUUCCAAAAGAUGAAGAAAAUGAUUAUUUAUUCGUAAAUUCGGAGUUCAAUUGCGUCGCAGUGUUCGAUUACAAUGGCUGCUUCAAUUGCUUCUCUCAAUUCAACAAGUUUCCGUUCCUUGCGCAGAGGACCCAUCCCCCAAAACCGAAUUUUAUCCCCAUUUUCAGUAUAUCUCCCGUUCCGUACAAUCCGAUUUCGCGCCAUUACCACCAGGUCCGACGGCGGCGGCGCGGCGUAUGGGCCGGAGUUGUUACGGAAGCCGGUGGCGCUACCGCCCGCCGCCGACGAUUACGAGGAUCCGGUUGAAGAAUAUUCCGGUGAUGAGAAGGGUGGAGAUGGUUCCACGUGGCAGGAUUGGGAGGACCGGAUUUUAGAGGACACUGUCCCCCUUGUGGGGUUUGUUAGAAUGAUUCUUCACUCUGGAAAGUAUGAAAGCGGUGAUAGGUUGAGUCCCGAACAUGAGAAAACAAUUCUAGAAAGACUGCUUGUGUAUCAUCCAGAGUGUGAAGAAAAGAUUGGUCGUGGAGUUGAUUACGUCACGAUUGGGUACCAUCCAAACUUUGAAUGCUCGAGAUGUUUAUUCAUAGUUCAUAAAGACGGAGAAUUGGUCGACUUCUCGUACUGGAAAUGCAUAAAGGGUUUCAUUAGAAAACACUACCCUCUCUAUGCAGAUAACUUUAUUCUCAGACAUUUUAGAAGACAUAGAAUUAGUUACUGGAAGUAAAUUUGAGCUCGUAUAUUCAAGAUUCUUCUUUUUUUUUUUUUUUUUGUUUUUUUCAUAUGAGUGUAGCCACUUCAGUUGUUCCAAAGCUUUUUCGGAAUUAGUCGGGGGCGACCGAUUGUCAUGUAUUUAUUUUGGAAAAAAUAGAGGAAAGUAUGUUUUUAAGAACUUGUGAAUAGGGGUGUGAACGGGUGUGAACGAGCCAAGUUCGGCUGGCAGGCUCCGGCUCGAGUCCAUUUGGAAUAAGUUUUUACCUUCAUUUUUUUUUUCUCGAAAGUGUUAGUUUCGAUCUGAU